AUGGCGUCGACGCGUCAACCUCCACCCUUGCAGAUCUUCCAAGACCCUGUCCAACCUCCACCACGAAAUACAGCUACGCAAAAGCCGAGGCCGCAGCUUCAACCGUCGGCCAUACCCUUGCAGCCCAUCAAGAAUGGUUCGGUGAAGCAAAACGUCAAUAUUGAACCUCCUCACUCUGCACCACUUCAUCCAUCUCCCAGGAAAGUCUUCCAAAUGUCAUCGCCUCCACUACCAGGCCACCCUGACUUCGCCUACGUCUCCAUUCCACCACCAGUACAUCCCAAUGGCUACACUGAUUCCCUAGUCAAAGACCAGGCUGCAGCGCCAAUGCCUCCUCGUUCAUACGUUCCUCCAAUCUCCCAGCGACCACUCUUUACAACAUUUCCUAGUGCACCAAUGGAGCAUAUGGAUAAGGAGAACUAUCAUCAUGUGCCUGCUCAUAAUGUCAACUUUGCCGACUUCCCUGAUCCAUCAUACGCAAGAAACAGACCCCAUAAGCGCUCAAUGUCCGACGUGUCAAGCUUCGAUCGACCUUUCAAAAGAAUGCGCCAGGAAGAAGAGCAAAUCAAUUAUCUACCCGAACCCGAGGACAUGCCUGCCGUCGAGGACGAAGGGACGAAACCUUCUCAUAGCUAUGCUAACCUUAUCGGCAUGGCUAUACUGCGAGCUCCGAAUCGGCGUCUAACACUAGCUCAGAUCUACAAAUGGAUAUCUGACACCUAUGUAUUCUAUCGCGGACAAGAGACAGGAUGGCAGAAUAGCAUUCGCCACAAUCUAUCAUUAAAUAAGGCUUUCCAGAAGCAGGAGCGACCGAAAGGCGACUCUGGCAAGGGCAAUUACUGGACGAUUGCACCGGGUAUGGAAAUGCAGUUCGUCAGAGAGAAACCAACUCGCAAAGGCACCGCCGUGGCCAACUUGUCCGUUCAGCCUCAGAUCGUUCGCCACGAAGCACCACCACCUCUUGUCAAUGCGCUCGCACCACAGAAUUGGCUUGGGCAACCGCCUCCACGACCACAGAUUGCAAGACCGCCAUCAGCAAAACCACAGACCGCCCCAGAGCUUCCUGAACUCUCUUCUGAUGCGACUCUUCCUGCGUCGGACCCAGCUCUGCAAGAAGAGGAUGGAACUUUCUUUGAUGACAGCAACGUCGCUCAGCAGCCGCAAUCUUCGCCUCCGCAAGCCAUCAACUCUUCGCCACCUAUGCCAGCGCCUCAACGUCGACGUCGCGAAACCAUAUCUCCUGCACAGCUAGCGCAGCCUUCUUCAGGCCCGCGUCGAAAGCGCAAAGCCGCCACCAUGGAUGACAGUGGGUACUUUUCAUCGCUAGAAUCGUCUGCUCUUCGGCCAAAUAAAUCAGCUGCUGUGCUGACCUCUGAGCUUGAUAUCGAACGUCCCAGGAAGAAACGUGGUCGAGCCGAAGAGGAGAUUGCUCGCAUCAGGAGCUCUUCCCAUGAUCUUACUCCUAGCCAUCGUCGCCUCAAGAGCCUUGGCUCGGACGAAUUGAUGCUCUCUUCGCCUUUACGUGGAUUUGAUUACAACAAGUUAGCUCCUGUCACCCCAGCCAUGAUAUUCAAAAAGCCUGCCCGACCACCUCCAUCGAUCUCCCCCAACACGCAUUUGCGUCACCAUCGACAGCAGGUUCAAGAACUAGUCAAUUCUCCUACCCGGGCGUUGGGCGCUGGACUUGCAGAUGAAUUGGCCUGGAGUCCAUAUUUCAAGCUUAACAAUGCUACUUUGGACAUCUACUCUGACUUGGGGACCACACCUUCCACUCCUGCAUUUGGUUCUCCUCUGAAACGCUCGGCAAAAAGACCUUCGCUCAAUCGGGCCUCCUCUACGCCGAAUAACGCGCUGCAGGACAUAAACACCACCAACACUCGCCUCAAUGCGAAGACGCCUUCGAAAGGUUCGAUGUUGAAGCCAUCUGCGAGGUACACGCCCAAGUCACCCAGCAAAGUCAUGGAUUCGCUCCUUCUUCCCGAGACUGAUGAUUUCUUUAACUUUGGUGUUUUUGAUGAUGAGAACUUUGACGAGGGGGACAGCGGCGUGGAUAUCCUGCAGGGCUUUCAAAAGAUUGGUGGAGUGGUGCCACCACCACAGCAUUUGUCACCGACGACGAAAACGCCUCGACCGACGCUGGGACGAAGUUCGACCUCUCGAUUUUGA